AUGCGACUAGCUGAAUAUUUCUUUAAUGAAGACAAACCCAAUGAUAAUGAUAUUCUCUCUUUUGACGGCUCAUUUAACCCUUUCCGUAACAAAAGCACUUGGACUCCCUCCUCAGGCAGGGAUAACUCACUCGACACCUUCCUUAAUUCUGUCAAACUACAGAUACAAAACUCUACACUUAACAAGACUCGCUCUAACAUCACACCUGGUGAACGUAACGCUUUAACACAACUCAACCAAAGACAAGUCGUAAUGGACAAAGACUGGUAUAUUAAUGAAUGUAAUAGACAACUUAAUGACACUAAAUUCUACACACAAUUAGAUGCCGACAUUACUAAUGACAUACAAAAACGAGUCACAACUUACAUCAACCGAAUGCACACGGACGGAAUAAUUAAUCAGGACACUAAAUCCUACCUCACACCCAAAGACUCUAAAUCUGGACGGUUUUACAUACUCCCUAAAAUACAUAAACAUGGUAAUCCUGGACGCCCUAUUAUUUCCUCUAACUCCCACCCCACCGAACGCAUCUCAGAAUUUGUAGACUACUACCUCCAGCCAUUAGUAAGUAAACUUCCAUCAUAUGUUAAAGACACUAACCACUUCUUAAACAUUUUAUUAACACUCAGCAACCUACCAACAGACUCUCUCCUGGUCACACUCGACGUCUCUAGCCUCUAUACUAAUAUUCCACAUAAUGAUGGCAUCAACGCUUGUCACCACUUCCUUCGCACAUGUAACACUAACCCCAUCCCUGCUGGCACUAUUUGUGAUUUAAUCCGCAUGAUCCUCCAAAUGAACAACUUCUCCUUUAAUGACAAACACUACCUCCAGAAGCAUGGCACCGCAAUGGGCACACGCAUGGCACCCUCUUUCGCCUGUCUCUUUCUUGGUCUAUUUGAAACCAACGCUUUGCGUGACGCCCCGCUUUUCUCAAGAGACAAAUCCUACGCGUUGCUAACAUUUCCCGCAUUGACGCCCUACGCCCUAAUAAUAACAACCACAAAAACUCCCGUCGCAUCCCCUUUGUCACUACCUAUAACGCUACACUACCUAACAUCAACAACAUAAUCCGUAGAAACUACAACCUUCUACUCUCGUCUAAGCGAUGCCAUAAGGUUUUCACUGAGCCCCCUCUCGUCGCCUUUCGCCGCUCACCUAACCUCCGCGACAUCCUCGUUAAAGCCAAGCUACCUUCCGACCGCUCUCCCACCAACCAACCCCCCGGUGCUUUCCGUUGCGAAAAAAAAAAUGCCUAACCUGCCCCUAUAUUAGAACCGACGGCCUUACAAGCUACACAUUUUUCUCAACAGGUGAAACACGACCUAUAACCUCCCACAUAACCUGCAAUACUAAAAACGUGAUUUAUAUGAUUCAAUGUAACCGCU